AUGGCCUCUCAACACUCUCGCCGCUUUGUCCGGCCUUUGUUAUAUACUUCCGCCGCCCUAGCCACCGGCGCCGGUUUCCUCUACGUCGCAUACCGUCCGCGCACCAUUCCGGGCUCAGAGCCAGCUGUCGUUCCUCCUCCCGGCUAUCGGUUAGGGAAACUCGUGCCUCCCAGUUUCCCGCGCAUCAAAUCCCGCGAAGAGCAGAUUGCCGACCUGAAGCGGAGUGCCGAUGCGCAGGGCGAAGGCGAAACCUAUGACUUGCUGGUCAUUGGAGGAGGCGCUACCGGCUCAGGUAUCGCGCUCGAUGCUGUCACACGAGGCCUCAAAGUUGCGGUUGUCGAGCGAGACGAUUUCAGUGCCGGCACGAGUAGUAAGAGCACAAAGCUAGUCCACGGCGGUGUUCGCUAUUUAGAAAAGGCCGUUUGGGAAUUGGAUUAUGCCCAAUACUCGCUGGUCAAGGAAGCGCUCCGCGAGCGUAAAUACUUCUUGCAAACCGCCCCCCAUUUGUCUAUGUGGCUGCCCAUUAUGGUGCCGAUACAAAAGUGGUGGCAAGCUCCGUAUUUCUGGGCAGGCUGCAAGGCAUACGACUUGCUAGCUGGAUCAGAAGGCAUUGAAAGCUCUUAUUUUCUCACCCACAGCAAAGCUCUAGAUGCAUUCCCCAUGCUGAAGAAAGAGGAAAUCUUCGGUGCUAUGGUUUACUAUGAUGGAGCACACAAUGACUCCCGUAUGAACGUCUCCUUAGCAAUGACCGCCGCAUUGUAUGGUAGCACAGUCGUCAAUCACUUGGAAGUCACCGGCCUGACCAAGGACGAAUCUGGCAAACUCAAUGGAGCUAUCGUCAAGGACCUUGUUGAUGAAAAGAACGGGAUACCGACGAAAGAGUUCAAGAUCCGUGCCAAGGGUAUUAUCAAUGCGACUGGUCCUUUCUCGGAUUCUAUUCGCAAGAUGGACGAACCUGACACGAAGGAAAUUGUUGCCCCGAGUUCCGGUGUCCAUGUAAUUCUGCCUGGAUACUUCAGUCCUUCCAAUAUGGGUCUCAUUGACCCUUCUACCUCAGAUGGUCGUGUGAUUUUCUUCCUGCCAUGGCAGGGAAACACAAUCGCUGGAACAACCGACCGACCAACAGAGAUUACUCCCCAUCCCCAACCAAACGAAGAGGAUAUUGACUGGAUUUUGAGGGAAAUCAGUGGCUAUUUCGCACCGGACAUCAAUGUUCGAAGAGAAGAUGUUCUCGCAGCAUGGUCGGGAAUUCGACCGCUGGUCCGAGAUCCCAAGGCUAAGAAUACGGAAUCGCUCGUGCGGAACCAUUUGGUGACCAUAUCCUCGUCGGGUCUGUUGACCUGUGCAGGUGGAAAGUGGACAACCUAUCGACAAAUGGCCGAAGAGGCAGUUGAUGAAGCCAUCAAAGCGUUUGCCCUCCGCACUCACAGGAUCGAGCAGAUCCCAGACGUGAGCGGCACAGGACUGAAAACCGACAAUUUCAACCUUGACGGCUCCUGCCAAACCCAUCAAGUCCGGCUCAUUGGCGCCCAUGGAUUUUCCAAGACGCUCUUCAUCAACUUGAUUCAGCAUUACGGCCUUGAGACGGAUGUUGCCAAGCAUUUGACAGUAUCAUAUGGUGAUCGUGCAUGGCAAGUGGCUGCUCUAUCCUCACCUACCACUGCGCGGUUCCCUCUUCGCGGAACUCGGGUCUCUGCUUUGUACCCGUUCAUUGAUGGAGAAAUCCGUUACGCUGUAAGACACGAGUAUGCUCAAACCGCGGUGGACGUCGUCGCUCGUCGAACCCGACUUGCCUUCCUGAAUGCCCAAGCGGCCCUCGAGGCGCUACCUGGAGUCAUCGAUUUAAUGGCCGAGGAAUUGAAGUGGGACGAGAAGAGGAAGAAUCUGGAAUGGAAUGAUACAGUCAAAUUCUUGACAUCCAUGGGCCUUCCUCAAAGCCAUGUCAGCCUCUCAAGGAAGGAUGUGGAGGAAGGCAAGGCUCGAGGUUUGAUUGAGAAACCAAGCUCUGCCAGACUUGACUUGCCGGCCGAUGUACUCAAGGGCGAUCUCUCGAGUACAGAGAAGCAAAGCCCUAUGUUGCACACCGACUCGCCUGUGAACAAGUAG